GGAAGGCAUCCGGCACGAGCAGCCCCCCAGCGCAGGCCUGGGCCCCCACCAAAGGAGAGCAGCUCUGGGAGAGGAAGGCCAUGUUCGCCACGGUGAGCCAACUGCCAAGUGAUGGUGAACCUGCAGUGCUGUGUCCUGAUCCUCACAACUCACCUGAAGAGGAAGUGUCAGUGCAGGCCUGAAGACUGCAUUGAUCUUCUGGAUGAAACAGGCACUCUGAUGAACCUGAGCAAAGUGGAAAACCCUGCAUCUGACUACACCAGUAAAUACCUCCGGGAAAGGGAGCACUACAUCCUCAUCAGAGUCAUCCGAGACAAAAACUCUGAAGCCACAUCCUAUGAAUCCUUGCUAGAGGACCUGGGGAAACACUACCCUGACCUAACAGAUCGGCUGCAGCAGCUCUCAGCAAAGACCCAGAGGAGAGACCAGUGGAGGAAGGGAUCCUUGCAGAGGAGGGCUCAGCCCCACACCAGCACCCAGUUAAGGAACAGAACCGCCUCAAAGAAGAAGAGGGGCUCAGAGUUCAAGAAGAUCCCUAAAUGAGGAACAGACCCAUUCCUGGUCACACAGCACCGCCACCACCAGGACUCAUCCACCUCCCCAGCUUAUUCCCAGUUCAGCAAGAGUCCCCUGCUAUGGAAAUCCUCUUCCUGGGGUACCCUGCUUCUCAGAGGUUCCCACUACACAUCCAAAGCUGCAUCCUGACAAAGCAGGCAAACACAGUGCCACAGCCAGGCACAAGCAGCAUCCAGGGGGUCACUCAUGUUCCCAUAGAAUGGCCUGCACUCUCCAGUGACAAGAUCCUGCACCUCCUUUCAAGCCCCCUGCACCAGCAGAACAUGCACCCCCAUCACUGGAUGGACCUGCUUUCA